AUGGCCGUUGCCGUACUACCCCCUACAGUUCGCCCUCUUCAGCCACCCAAGGGCUCCGAUAUUGAUUUUGGGGCUCAGGUAGAAGGUGUCGACUUGGAGAACUUGACUGAUGAGCAAUUCACAACCAUUCGAAACGCACUUUACAACUACCACGUAGUUGUACUAAAGAACCAACACAAGCUAUCUCCUAAAGCACAGUAUGAGUUGACUAAGCGAUUCGAUCCUGCAUCUGAUAACUACGGCCACGGCAAGACUAUCGAUGCGAAACGCAGUAUUCUUCACCCAGAUUUGAAGACAAUACCGCACCAGCCACAAGUCCAGGUGAUUGGAAAUGGGUUUGUUCCCUCAUACGAAGGGUUAGAGAACAUACAGUUGAAACACCCACAUCACCGAACCUUUCACAAGGACCAUAUCCCCAACGAACAGGAUUACGAUUUUACACGAUUUUAUCGUUGGCACAUUGAUGCCGCUCUAUAUGACUUGUACCCACCACAGGUUACUACCUUGCUGGCUGUGGCUGUCCCUAAGGGCCGACGUCAAACAUUGCUGUAUGAUGAUGGAACCGGAGAGACUAUGGAUGUACCGCUGGGCACGACUGCCUUCGUCAGUGGUCAGCGGAUGUAUGACCUGUUGUCUGAAGAGGAUAAGGAGUUUGUUCGGACGAGCAAAAUGGAAUAUGCGCCUCAUCCAUACAUCUGGAUGAGCCCUGCACACUCCCGCUCAACCGGUCUGGGUUUACACUCCGAAGGUCUCGAGUUACCGAGUUCCGAACUGCCGCCUAUUGAUGAGAAGAAGAUUAUGGUAUUCCCCAUGGUCUGGAAGAACCCAGUAACCGGAAAGCUUGCCUUGCAAAUCCACCCUUCAGCAGUUCGUCGGAUUCACUGUGCUGAUGGCACGGUCAUUGAUGAUUUGGAACGUGUGCGUGAUAUCGUCUACAAGUUGCAGAGACCAGCCAUUAGUCCCCAGUAUGUUUACCCCCACGACUGGGAAGAGGGCGAUUUGGUUCUGUUCAAUAACCGAGGGGUCAUUCAUUCGGUCGUUGGCGCCUUCAAGCCAGAUGAAGUACGGAUUUUCCGACAGUGCAAUUUGGCGGCCUCUGAACCUCCGAUGGGACCUUGA